AUGCCCGCCCCAGUGAACAUCCCCUCCAUGUUCGACACCAUUCUGGUGCUCGAUUUCGGCUCCCAGUACUCGCAUCUCAUCACCCGGCGUCUGCGAGAGUUCAACGUCUACGCCGAGAUGCUCCCCUGCACACAGAAGAUUGCCGAGCUUCCCUGGAAGCCCAAGGGCGUCAUUCUGUCUGGAGGCCCCUACUCUGUCUACGCUGAGGGUUCUCCUCACGUCGACCAUGCCGUUUUUGACCUUGGUGUCCCCAUCCUCGGUAUCUGUUAUGGUAUGCAGGAGCUUGCCUGGAUCAACGGUAAGGGUGUCCACGCUGGUGAGAAGAAGGAGUUCGGCCACGCCACCAUUCACGUCGAAAAGCCCUCCGAUCCUCUGUUCCACGGCAUUGACAACUUCCAGGUCUGGAUGUCUCACGGUGACAAGCUCAACGCUCUGCCCACUGGCUACGAAGUCGUUGCUACCUCCGACAACUCCCCUUACGCCGGUAUUGCUCACACCUCCGAGAAGAUCUGGGGUAUCCAGUUCCACCCCGAGGUAACUCACACCACCAAGGGUAAGCAGCUUCUGCAGAACUUCGCCGUCGACAUCUGUGGCGCCGCCCAGAAGUGGUCCAUGGAGAACUUCGUCGACACUGAGAUCCAGCGAAUCCGAGACCUUGUUGGCCCCCACGCCGAGGUAAUUGGUGCCGUUUCCGGAGGUGUUGACUCUACUGUUGGUGCCAAGCUCAUGAAGGAGGCCAUUGGAGACCGAUUCCACGCCAUCCUCGUCGACAACGGUGUCAUGCGACUCAACGAGUGUGAGAACGUCAAGAAGACCCUCGGAGAGGGUCUUGGCAUCAACCUCAAUGUUGUCGAUGCCGCCGAUCUGUUCCUCGGCAAGCUGAAGGGCGUCACCGACCCUGAGAAGAAGCGAAAGAUCAUUGGCAACACCUUCAUCGAGGUCUUCGAGGAGGAGGCCGCUAAGAUCCAGCCCACUCACCCUGAGGCUGGUGAGAUUGAGUUCCUGCUCCAGGGAACCCUAUACCCCGAUGUCAUUGAGUCCAUCUCUUUCAAGGGCCCUUCCCAGACCAUCAAGACCCACCACAACGUCGGAGGUCUGCUCGACAACAUGAAGCUCAAGCUUAUCGAGCCCCUCCGAGAGCUGUUCAAGGAUGAGGUCCGAAAGCUCGGUGAGAUUAUGGGAAUCCCUCACGACCUUGUGUGGCGACACCCCUUCCCCGGUCCCGGUAUUGCUAUCCGAGUGCUUGGAGAGGUCACUCCCUCCCAGGUCGAGAUUGCCCGAAAGGCAGAUUUCAUCUACAUUGAGGAGAUCAAGAAGGCUGGAAUCUACGAGGAGAUCUCGCAGGCCUUUGCCUGUCUCCUUCCCGUCAAGUCCGUUGGUGUCAUGGGUGACCAGCGAACUUACGAACAGGUCAUUGCUCUGCGAGCUAUCGAGACUGUUGACUUCAUGACAGCUGACUGGUACAUUUUCGAUGCUAACUUCCUCAAGACAGUGGCCCGACGAAUCGUCAACGAGGUCCCCGGUGUCGCCCGAGUGGUUUACGACAUCACCUCCAAGCCCCCUGCUACUGUUGAGUGGGAAUAA